AUGGCGGCAGCGAGCUCUCGCAAGUUUUCCUUCAUGUCCAUUGGUCUUUUCUCUCUGCUGCUCCUGAUCCAUGCACCUCGUUCUAGCUCACUGUCCUUUAGCUUCAACUUCUCUAAUUCCGGUGACCCAUGCGAUGCGGAACUAAGGUGCGAGCAUGACACCCGUAUGGGCCCUGGCGUUCUUGAGCUAACAAAGAACGAGAUCAAAGGCGACCCCUUCAGCGUCGGGCGUGCAUCAUAUGCGCGCCCGGUGGCCCUGUGGGAUAGCAGCACCGGCGAGGUGGCGAGCUUCAUCUCCAAUUUCACGUUCCAAAUCAAGCCCAAAGACGAGACCACCUACCAAAGAUGCAACAAGAGUGGCGACGGAAUGGCUUUCUUCCUCGCCCACUACCCGUCCAAGAUCCCCCCCAACAGCUAUGGUUGGAACCUCGCCCUCUUCAAUGACAGCAACAAUUUCUACGCCAUCGGUGACGACCGGGUCGUCGCUGUGGAGUUUGAUACUUUCUUCAAUGACCAGUGGGACAAAACCCCAAACCAUGUUGGUAUCGACGUCAAUUCCAUCUCCUCCAAGGCCUACGUGAAUGUGACCAAGGGCCUGGUCUCUGAAGAUGCCAUUAUGACCGCCAAGAUCAGCUACAACAACCUCACAGGUGUUCUAGAAGCCCUUCUCCAGAUCGACGACGGUGAACCGUACCAUGUUAGCUUCCGGGUGGAUAUGAAGGGGAGCCUGCCAGAGGAGGUGGCGGUCGGCUUCUCUGCUGCUACCGGAAACUGCAUCGAGCUGCACCAGGACCAGGAGCCGCAAGCUCCAGCGCAGGAGGGCGACGACAGUGGCGGCUACUAUCCGUGCUUGUUCCCACGGUAG